AGAGAUUUGCUGGGCAGACAUUGGCUAGUUCAGAGUGAACCUUUCAUGGGCUUCUUUUAUGAUUUAACUGAAUAACCUUGGACAAUGUUAGAAAACUGUUCUCAGUGUGAAAACAAGGAUUGCAUAAAGCCUAUGAAAGUUGAAAAGAAACUUGGAAAAGGCACAGCCAAGAUUCAGAUUGAAGAUGAUGGGACUUAUUUCCAAGUUAAUCAAGAUGGAGGCUCUCAGAAGCUUGAAAAAGCUAAAAUCUCUCUGAAUGACUGCUUAGCCUGCAGUGGCUGCAUUACUUCAGCAGAAAGUGUCUUAAUCACCCAGCAGAGCCAUGAAGAGCUGUACAAGGUUUUAAAUUUUAACAAAACCGCAGAGCCAAGCCAGCAAAGGCUAGUUGUCAUUUCUGUUUCACCACAGUCGAGAGCAUCACUAGCAGCAAGAUUUCAACUGACGCCUCUAGAUACCGCCAAAAAAUUAACUGCAUUCUUUAAAAAUAGAGGAGUGCACUAUGUGUUUGACACAACUUUCUCAAGAAAUUUUAGCCUCUUGGAAAGCCAGCGAGAGUUUGUACAGCGAUUUCGAAGACACACAGAAUCCAAACAAGCCUUGCCCAUGUUGGCCUCUGCCUGCCCAGGUUGGAUCUGUUAUGCUGAGAAAACCCAUGGAAGUUUUAUUAUUCCUUACAUUAGUACAACUAAAUCUCCCCAACAGAUCAUGGGCAGCCUAGUCAAGGAUCACUUUGCACAACAGCAGCAUUUAACCCCUGACAAGAUCUACCAUGUAACAGUGAUGCCCUGCUAUGACAAAAAGUUAGAAGCAUCAAGACCAGACUUUUUCAACCAAGAGUACCAAACUAGAGACGUAGACUGUGUAAUUACCACAGGGGAAAUAUUAAGGUUGCUGGAACAAGAGGGAAUCUCUUUGUCAGAUGUGGAUCCAGCCCCUCUGGAUGCUGAGUUUAACUCUGUUUCUGGAGAGGAGCUCCUCGGCCACCAAGGAGGUGGUUCCGGUGGUUAUUUAGAGCACAUAUUCCGAUAUGCUGCCCAAGAACUCUUUGGAAUCCAAGUGGAUGGAAUCACCUACAAACCCUUGAAAAACAAAGAUUUCCAAGAAGUGACGCUAGAAAAAGAUGGUACAAUUCUACUUCACUUUGCACUGGCAUAUGGAUUUAGAAACAUUCAGAACUUAGUGCAGAAACUCAAAAGAGGAAAGUCUCCAUAUCACUAUGUGGAAGUCAUGGCUUGUCCAUCAGGUUGUUUAAAUGGUGGUGGUCAGAUCAAAGCAGAAGCUAUAUCCAGUAAGGACCUUCUCCAACAAAUUGAAAAGCUGUAUGAGAUGGUUAGGACUGUAAUGCCUGAGACAAGUCCAGAAAUUAAAGAAUUAUAUGAACAGUGGCUUAAAGGGGAAAACUCCAAAGAAGCUAGGAAAACAUUGCAUACACAGUAUCAUGCUGUAGAGAAGAUGAGCUCUGGAUUUAACAUUAAGUGGUAGAGAAGCAGUGUGUCCAGCAUGUAAUUUCUGCUGAAUGAGUAAUAACGCUGUGAAGAUCAAAGGCUGCUGAAGUUGACUGAGUUCGGCCCCACCAGAAGAAAUCCUAAUAAAGCCAUCAUUCCAACUGCUCACUAAGAAAAACAAACUGCAAGACUACUCCUGGAUCCAGUAUUAGGGCUAUAUUGAGGCAAAGGGGCCAUCAGAUAAAAAUAGAAACCAGGUUAAAAGGUGGCUUUCUAAUUGGAUGGGACAGACAUUUUAUGUGCCCUGGAGUUUAACCAAGGAAGUUAAAAACUCUAGACUCUCUUCCCCCGCCUCCACCACACCCCAACACCUAUUCAAUCUAGUCUUCAUAUAAGUGACUUUGUAAACGCUUCCAUGUAUUAUGUGACCUGAGUCUCUGUCACCAGGAUCAGAUCUAAGAGCCCAAGGAUGGUUUCAUUGAUCUCUUUGGGUGUUUGUCUCUCUUAUUUUUACACCAGUGUUAUGAGAUGUUCCAAUAGUUCAGUGGUGCUAGCAUCAUUUUUUUAAAAACUAGAUUACUAGCUUGAUGAUUGACCCCAGAUCUUAAUGUAAAGCAAAAUGUGAGCCUUUAGUCAUUCCCUGAAGAUGUCUGUGGAUUGGGGAAAACGAAAGUACCAGACGAAACUGAGGUUGUCUUGACAAGAAUCUAGCCCUAAUUCCUUGGUUUUACCAGUCAGGAUAUAGAACAGUGAAUUAAAGUCAUUUUCUUAGUCAAAUGAUAAAACUGCAAACCACCUGGGUAUGAAAACAAAUGGCAUAUUCAGGUUCUUAGGUUCAAUAUGUCAAGCAUCUCACCCAGUCAGAUGCCUUAAGAAUUCAUCUGUGUGCUGCUCUCAGGUAAAACAUAGUAUUUAUUUUUUACGAUGUAUCAAUGACUCCUAUAGUCAUUAGCAUCUUUUUUUCCUGAUGUGUAAUUAUGUUCUAAAAUCUGCAUACUGACUAAUGAGCAAUAUUAAAAAUCAGCCCCUGGCAUUUUUCCAUUUC